AUGUGGUCGGGUCCCUCAGAUAUUGUGACCUGUUUGGCCUUGGACAACUGUGGCAGGCAUUUGGUGUCAGGAUCAAGGGACACAACUUGCAUGGUUAUAGAUAUAACACAGCAGGUAAUUUGAGGAAGUAUUUUGAAGCUUCAGCUUGACUCAUAUUUUUAAAAAAGGGAAUUGAAAACUUUUAUUUUUAAAAUACUGUUUGGAUGGAUGGAUGCUUGGAUGUGUGGCCGGAUGCUUCGAUGUGUGGCCGGAUGCUUGGAUGGGUGGGUGGAUGCUUGGAUGGGUGCUUGGAUGGGUGGGUGCUUAGAUUAGUGACUGGAUGCUUGGAUGGGUGCUUGGAUAGUGGCUUGGAUGGGUGGGUGGGUCCUUAGAUGAGUGACUGGAUGCUUGGAUGGGUGCUUGGAUAGUGGCGUGGAUGGGAGGGGGGUGGGUGUGUUACAAGGGUGAUAAUUUGUUGUUUAGUGUGUGUGUCUUUAAGUUCUUUCAUGGCUUCUAUAAAUGUACACAAGUUCAAAGAUGGGCCAAAUUUUGUCAUGUGAAAAUAUCACUGCUACAGGCUGGAGUAAGUGUGAACUUGAACCCCAAGCCACUGCAGACGUUGUAUGGACAUGACUCAGAAAUGACAGCCAUUCACAUAUCUACAGAGCGGGAUCUGUUUGUCUUAGCAUUAAAGGUACCACAACAAUGUUCUCCCUUGUGCUAUUAUUACAAUGCUCUAAUUCAGUGGCUUACAACUUUUUUGACUUGUUGGGCCCUUUUUAGAAUCAAUAUUUCUAUGGUGGAGCCUAGUAGACCUACUCUGUUUCAACUACAGUUUCAUUUAACUUUUAUUUAUUUAUUUUGUUGAGCAGCCUCUGAAAUUUGUACAAUUAGUACUUAGGGCUCUGCUGAGCAUAGUUACCACAAUAAACUCAACAUAGUUACUUUAAUAAACUCAACAACAUUACUUCAAUAAACUCAACAUAUUUACUUCAAUAAAUUCAAUAUAGUUACUUCAAUGAACUCAACAUAGUUACCGGUACUUCAAUAACAUUACUUCAAUAAACUCAAAAUAGGUUACUUCAAUAAACUCAACAUAGUUACUUCAAUAAACUCAGCACAGUUACUUUAAAUUUUCAAGACCUUUUCAUAUUUUCCCAGGAUGGAACGGUCAUUCUCCACACUGUACUGAAAGGUAUACCAUGAUCUUGAGAGCACCGUCGCAGCUUGGCUAGACACUGGACAUCCCUCUGAUAUCUAUCUUGGACACUGGUCAGAUUGUGCUGUACUGCUGGAGAUGGAGAAGAAGGCAGGGGAGGGAAGAAAGAGACAGCAGGUUGGUGCUUAAUGGUGUGCUUGUGAAUGACCACCGGAGGAAAACUUUUCCACAAACAAAAACAUUUGUUUCUACUUGUUUUGAUGCCAAGAAAUACUUUGCCUUCUAUAUAUAUUUACUUGUUUGGUUCCAGGAAAAUCUUUGCCUUCCAUACUUUAUCUGUUCCAAGAAUGAAUCAGUGUCCUUCAUGUGUUUACUUGUUUAAUUCCAGAAAAGACUUUGCCUCCCUUCGUAUUCAGUCAAUGGCAAACAUUUGUUCAGUGGACCACUCAAGUACAGCCUGGGAGACUUGUGUGUGUCUGGGGACCAUCUCAUCCUGGGCAACACGGCGGGUCAAGUCGUUGUUAUGGAGAUCUUUGGG